AAAAUGGCUCUCCAAGCUACUUCUUUUUCUGUUAACAAUCUCAUGGCAAAAACUACUUCAUUUUCGAAAGAGUCAACCCUCUUUGGGAUUUCACUUUCUGACCACAUGAAAGCUGAUUCCACUUCAUUAACAUCAAGAAACAAGAUGGAAUGCACCUGCAAAAAAGUGUUUAGACCACAAGCCAUAGCCACCACAAGUGCACCAGCCGUGACCCGAGCAGCACCAGAGGGAAAGAAGACAUUGAGAAAAGGAAGUGUCAUAAUCACUGGAGCUUCAUCCGGUUUGGGUCUAGCCACAGCUAAAUCAUUGGCAGAAACAGGGAAGUGGCACGUGAUUAUGGCAUGUAGAGACUUUCUAAAAGCAGAAAGAGCAGCUAAAUCAGCUGGAAUGUCAAGAGACAAUUACACCGUGAUGCAUUUAGACCUUGCAUCAAUGGACAGUGUACGACAAUUCGUUGCCAACUUCAAGCAAUCGGGUAGACCACUAGACGUAUUAGUCUGCAAUGCAGCCGUGUAUCAACCAACAGCCAGAGAACCGACUUUUACAGCUGAUGGAAUCGAGCUAAGCGUUGGAACUAAUCAUCUUGGUCAUUUCCUUCUUUCAAGAUUAUUACUUGAUGACAUGAAACAAUCCGAUUACCCUUCAAAAAGGCUCAUUAUCGUUGGGUCAAUUACCGGAAACACUAACACUUUGGCAGGAAAUGUACCACCUAAGGCUAGCUUAGGUGACAUGAGGGGUUUAGCCGGUGGUUUGAAUGGGUUAAAUAGUUCAACCAUGAUUGAUGGAGGAAAGUUUGAUGGGGCAAAGGCAUAUAAAGAUAGUAAGAUAUGUAACAUGCUCACAAUGCAAGAGUUUCAUAGGAGAUAUCAUGAAGAAACCGGAAUUACAUUUGCUUCUUUAUACCCCGGUUGCAUUGCUACCACUGGGUUGUUUAGAGAACACAUUCCUCUUUUCCGAAUGUUGUUUCCUCCAUUCCAAAAGUUUAUUACCAAAGGGUAUGUCUCUGAAGCUGAAUCUGGCAAACGACUUGCACAGGUUGUGAGUGAUCCUAGCUUGACAAAGUCGGGUGUGUAUUGGAGCUGGAACAAAGAUUCGGCUUCGUUUGAGAAUCAAUUGUCGGAAGAAGCAAGUAAUGAGAGCAAGGCUCGCAAGGUGUGGGAGAUAAGCGAGAAGCUUGUGGGUUUGGCUUGAGUUCGCCAUGGAUGAAGGAAGGAGUCUUUGGUUGCAAUGGUUUUGUAGGAAUUUGGUACCAUUGAUAUAUGUUUGUGAUAUAAAUUUAGCCUAGUUUCAAUAAAAAUCAUUCACCUUCUAUUGUUCCAUUUAUAUGUAAGGAAAAUUAUUCAUUACA